GCACGCUAGGUCGUUUACGUACGAACUUUUUGAAGUAUAGGUGGCGUCUGUGAAUUGCCACGGAUUCAAUCUCUUCCUUCAUCACAGUGAACUCAAUUCCAAAUAUAAGGUAACUGAAGCCUUGAAGAAUCUUGAUACCCACUGAACGCGAUAUCAUUCUACGACCAAUGGUUCGGAAAUGUUGCCAAAAAAGAAAAGAGAAAGAAAUAUUUGCUCUGUGAACAACUGCAGAUCAUAUAGAGAGGCUAAUCGGUGGCCAGAGCCAUUGACUUUUCAUGAAUUUCCAGCAGACUUGGCAAGAAGAAAACUGUGGUUACAGAUAAUUGAAAGAGAAGAUUGGAUACCAGGAGACAAGGCAAAAAUAUGUGCAAUGCAUUUUGCCCCUGAAUGUUACCGUGAGGCAACUGCAUCUGCUGUGAAGCGUCUUAAUGCAACAGCAGUUCCAUCACUCAAUUUAACGCUUGAGCCACUGCCAUGCAAACCAACAAAAACAGCCACAUUAAGAAUAAAAAAUUCAUCGUCAAGUGGCACAGCCUCAUCCAGCACAGCAACCCAGAGUCAUGUAGAUGACAUAGAUGAUCAACCUAUAAUCAGUGUUGAUUAUGGGCGUGAGAAAUCACAGUAUAGCUUGAAAGAUGCUGAAAUGAACCCUGAAUCCCGAAAGCGGAUAUCUAAUAUAAUCGUUGUUGACCUCAUCAAAGACAAAAGAACAAAAUAUCCAGACAAACCCAAACCUGUUGUGAUAGGUGAAAGUUGUUCCUCUUGUCUUGAGAUGAAAAAGGAUCUUCGUGAAGUAGAGUUUCAAUUGGCUAUGGUCAAACAAGAAUUGGCAGAACAAAAAAAACUUGUUGAAAGCCUAAAGAAGCAAAUCAAAAAUGGAGCUUAAUCACUAUCGUUACCUGUUGUUUGUUCUGUGUGGAGCACACCUAAGUUACAGAAUCUUGGUCUGGAAAAUAGCCCUGUGGAAUCUGUUGCAUUGAAGUUCAAAGAACAACUUAUUACUGGCCAAAAUCGAUAAGUUAAAUUCCGAAUUAUUGCCUCAAGUGUGAUUGUACAUUUGGAAUUUCAUAAUAUAACAAAGUCUAAUUUGA